AUGUCUAGCCAAAAUCAAAAUCCGGAACAAUCAGACCUAAAUGUAACACUUACCCCUAUCCUCGGAACAGAUACACCCCCAGAAACCAAAUCGGACGAGACGAAUGCGGAUACACUAGAUCAACUAGGACAAUCAAGCUCUCAAACAGAAUACUCAAACAAUCACACAACCAAUGACGAGAAAACAACAGAAAUCAGGAAAGAAAUUACGGAUAUAGCCCUGGAUAUGGCGAAGCUGUCUGACAAAUCCAAAAGCACGUUACUAAAGGAAAGUGAAAGAAAGGAACUACUGGAAAAUGUAAGCCAACUGGAAAAGAAGAAAGAAGAACUCACUAAACUACUACCAGAAUUUGACCCACAAAUAGCAAGUCAAUUUAGAACCUCAACCCCGGAGAAAAUGGACAUAGAAGAAACGAGAAACUCAAGGAAGAGAACUUCAUCAUCCUUAAACAGAUCUUUUAGUGAAUCCGACCUCGGAACAACAUCAAGGAACCUGAAGCCGAAAAUAAGCGACAACUCUCAACAAAAAAUCCUAUCCUUCUUUUCGAAACAAACAAACUCCAAAGAACAAUUGGAAACAGAAACCGAAACAUCAGAAGAAGAAGAUAGCUCAUGGCAAACUGCAAGAAACAGAGGAAGAGGAAGAGGACGUUUGAGAGGCACAAGAACAGCAAAGGGUACAACCCCUCGCUCCCGCACACAGACCCCGAAACAGACCCAACAUAAACCUAAAAAAGAACCUAACAACACCAACAACCAAAACCCGAACGUAAAACAAAGAACAACAUCCCAAACACGAAAAAACACGUCAAACGAAAACAAUAGCGAAAAACCAAUUAUAAAUCCAGAAACACUAUUUUCCUCCACAACAUCUGAUAAAACCAAAAAUGAAACAGCAAACCGAACACCUGAAAAUGAGGACAUUGAAAUAACGCAAAAAAUAUGUGAGAACUACCUAAAAACUCACCCAACAACAGAUGCAAAUGCUCUAAGACGACAAUUCCAUAACUUAUACAUAUUCCUCGAGGAACACUUCAUGAAGAAACACCAAAUCAAUAAAUCAGACGAAAACCAGGUAAAUCAAAUGUCCAAGGAUAUACAGGAACCGAAAAACUACCAAAACGACUCUCUAAAGAAACAUCAAGAAACUAUGGAGGAACUUAAAAUGAUCAGGAAAAUGCUGAACAAAAACAACGAGAACGUUCAACAAUCCUUCAAGCAAAUAGACAAAAACAUACAACAAGGAGUGAAAAGCAAAGAAGAAUACCCAGCCCUACAACCAUAUGCUGAGAAACUCAGGAAGAAUCUACAAUGCACACAAAUCGCGAAGAAGAAUGAUAAUAUCUUCAAUUUUGAACUAAUACUAAAAGGGGAACGUAAAGUCAUUAAAAAGGAAGAAAGAAACCUUGAGGAGUUCCUGAUGGAUAAAUCAAAAUCCUUCCAAAACUCCAAAAUAACUUGGAUAGGAUUUUCCAACGAUGGAAAAAAGAUACAUAUAAAAAGCAUAUCCACUGAAAAAGAAAAUUUUAAAAACGGCCUUCAAAAGGCGAUAAACGAAGCAACUAAGGAACAAUUAGAGAUAUCAAUCAAGAAACCCUCAGAAGUUAUGAAAAUAGCAGCAUUAAACGCUGACUUUUCGGAUGAACAGAUCAUCGGAAUGAUAGAAGAGAAUCUGGAUAACUCUCAAUACAAUAGAGAAUAUAUAAGAGAUAACAUUAAAAUAUUCAGGAAACUUCCACGCAUCAUCUAA